AGCAGAGAGCAGAGUGGAAAGACGCCAGGGAGCUGCAGAAGAAAAGGAAACACGGAAGCGUGGCGAUGUAAACAAAGCUGUCAUCCCUGCAGCUCCUUCCGGAGAAAAUUAGCAUCUUGAAGAUCUAUUUGUUCUCAUCAUGCCGUAUCUCGGCGGUAAGGAGGCGGUGAGGGAGCUCAGGAGGGCUCUGUCCAACCCCAACAUCCAGUCCGACCCCCUGCGGUACCGGAACGUCGUGCUCAAAGUCAUCAGGGCUAUGUCUCAGGGUGUGGAUGUCUCCGAGCUGUUCAGUGAGAUGGUGAAGGCCUGCGCCACAGUAGAUGUGGUCCAGAAGAAACUGGUGUACGUCUUCCUGUGUUGCUACGCCCACCUAAACCCGGAGCUGUCCCUGCUGGUCGUCAACACUCUGAGGAAAGACUGCCUGGAUCCGAACCCCAUGGUCCGCAGCCUGGCGCUGAGAAGCAUGACCAACCUCAGGUUGCCCAGCUUGGUGGAGUACGUGGAGCAACCUCUGACAGCAGGACUGAGAGACAGAGCGGCGUGUGUCCGACGGGUGGCUGUUCUUGGCUGGGCCAAACUACACAGUCUCCAACCUGGCUCUGAAAUAGAUGCCUCGGUCGUAAAUGAGCUGUACAGCCUGCUGCGCGACCCCGACCCUGUGGUGAUGGUGAACUGUCUCAGAGCUCUGGAGGAAAUCCUGAAGGAGGAAGGAGGGGUGGUGAUUAACAAGCCCAUCACUCAUCACCUCCUCAACAGGCUGAAGGAGUGUGAUAUUUGGGGCCAGUCAGAGGUGCUGAGGGUCCUUCAGAGAUACCGGCCCCAGUCAGAAGAUGAGCUCUUUGACAUCCUCUCCCUGCUGGAUUCCUCCCUGGUCAGCCCCCACCCCCCCAUCAUGGCGGCCACCCUCAGUCUCUUCCUGAGCCUCUGCUCCAGCCUCCCCGCUGUCAGUCAGGCAGCCUUGGAGCGAGUGCGAGGACCUCUGCUGGCUGCGUGCGGGAGUGGCUCCAGAGAGAUGAGGUUUGCGGCCCUCUGUCACAUCCAGCUACUGCUGCGUUCUAUCCCCGGCCUGCUGGGAGAGCACUACAAACGUUUCUUCUGUAGCUACGCUGAGCCCGCCUUCAUCAAGCGAAGGAAGAUGCAGGUGCUGGUAGAGCUGGUGAAUGAUGAGAAUGUUGUAAUGAUACUGGAUGAGCUGAAGGGCUACUGCACCGAUGUCAACGAUGACACAGCUCAGGCCGCAAUCUCAGCCAUUGGCCGCAUUGGACGGAGCUACAGUGACAAAUCUCUGGAGAUACUCACUGGGCUGCUUGGGCUGAAACAGGAUCAAAUAACUUCUGCGGUGGUGCAAACAAUACGCGACCUGGUCUGGGUGUGUCCUCAGUGCAGCGAUACAGUGUCUUCAGCCCUGGAAGGCUGUGAAGAAGUGUUGCAAGACUGUCAGGGAAAGCAGGCAUUGCUGUGGCUGUUGGGGAUGUAUGGGGAGCGGGUUUCCAGCGCCCCCUACACAUUAGAAGUAUAUAUUGAUGGAGUGAGAAGUGAAACCUCCCUGGAAAUGAAAAUGGAGCUGCUGACAUCCACCAUGAGACUGUUUCUGUGUCGUCCCGCCGAGACUCAGGACAUGCUGGGGAGACUGCUGCACUACUGUAUAGAGGAGGAGGGAGACAUGUGUGUGCGAGGACAGGCUCUUCUCUAUUACCGCCUGUUGCAUUGUGGGAUCGAAGAGACACGAAACGUUCUCCAGGGCCAGAGAUCGGACCCCUCUAUGGGUGUUUUGAUUGGCCGCCCGGCAGAGCCCAUUAGCCAGUGGGUGAGCAGCUUUAACACUUUGGAGCCACUGAAGUAUUGUUCAGUGGAGACAGAGCCAGCCAGCAGGGGGAGCCCAGAACACCUAGCCUCUGUUCUUAAACCAAACACGGACCUUCCCGAUAAUCUGGAUUGUGGACAACUUCAGAUGGUUCAUUCAGGCUCAGACAGUGCCGGUGACCGUUUGAACUGCUCGGCUGGCCUCAUGUCUCCCGGCGCUGAGCCUUGCGUCACUUUGUCUCUUUCUCCGGCGGUCAGCCCAGAGGAGUUUGAGCGCCUGUGGAUGCAACGACAUGCUUUACAUUCAGGACAAGAGCCAGCUGAUGAGGAUGACAACUGCCUGUGGACAGAAGAAACCAUCAGGUGCACGGCCGUACCCCACUGCUCCCCACAGAAUCUUCACGCCGCCAUGCAGCUCGUCAACAUCCAGACAAUCGCCUUCUCGCCGUCACACUCCCUCCCAUGGAAAGUCUUCCUUUACACGCAUACGUUGCGAGCAGACACCUCUAGCAGCACACUGAUACUGGGGGAGCUGCUGUACACCGGAGAGGCGCAUCAACAAUGCUCAGCUGACAGAGAGGUGGAGGUAGAGGUAAAGGAACAGAUGGACGCAACGGCCGAUGGAGAAAAGGAAAUAAAAGUGACUCUGCUGCAGCAGCCGCGAGACGUUAGCACCCUGAGGGCGUUUCUGUCCGUCCUGACCACAGUAAUUCACACGCUUUCCUCUGAGAUGGCUUAGAUUCUUUUAACCUAAACUAUUUGACUUUCUGUCUCUUUGAUUGUGAUUAAACGCACAUUGUGAAGACAAAUGUAAUUCGGUGCCUUGGAAAUAGAUGCCUUGACUUUGACGGAAGAACACGCAGCACAAAAGCUGUUCACAUAUUAAAAACUAUAUUAAAAAUCAGCCGAGAAUCAUGA